GUGUGUGUGUGUGUGUGUGUGUGUGUGUUUUUUGUCCACAUGGUCUGUUGUUGUUCAACCUGUCUCCUGACUGAUGAGCUCAAGUUCCAUAAUAUUGUUAAAAAUGAUUUGGUCACAUUCUAAAAUAAAAGCUGAAUAAGAUAAAUGGCUCUUUACUGAGUUGUUGUGGUCAGACUGCAGUUUAAUUAGGAAUCUUCUGCCUUACUCUCCGUCCAUCCUGCAGCAGUUCUACCUCAGCUGACGCACCACAGGAGGUUGCUAUUUAAUUUUCAUGUACAUAUUGAGGGCUUUUAUCUUGAUCCAUUGCCCCAGUUAAAAAGAGAAAAAAAACACUAAUCCUGGUCGUAUUAAAGUAGCACUCGUGUCUUUUAGCUAUUCGUUUCCGUUUAUCCCUCUUUUCGGCUGAAAAGAGAUUUGAAACUUGAUUAAGAUUAUUAUGGAGCUUUUGCUGGUGGAUGUUAAGAAAAGCCAUCUGUUUUGCAUUCCUAAUGUUGUAUAGAGCAUGGGUGAAAGCUUCACAUGAACUGGCUUAAUAGCUAUUUUUAUUAUAUCUAAUAAUUACAUUAUUAUUUCAUGAAGGUAUGAUUAUUUCCAGCCUGUUUUAUUAGACUGCAUUUGGUUGAGCUAGGUAAUAAACCGCGCAUGUCUUAUGGUGACAGAGUAUUUGCACAGCCUGUUUACCUAAAGUAGGAUUCAACCCCUCAGACCUGUCGUUUCCCGCCCAUUGCUGACAACUCAGCCCAACCCCUCGCUGUUUUACUUGGUUUCAUAAUACUGCCUUUUCUGUGUGGGGAGCUUAGUCAAGUAGUCACUGUAGGAGUAGCUGUCUAUGUGAGGAGACUGCCUAAUACAAAGGAGAGAGAGGAUCGUCACAGCCGCUGUCCUGUCUCUACCAGCCAUUCCUGUCAGUUGCCGCCUGUUUGCCGACCGGGAGAGAAGAGACAAGUCAUUCAUUACAGCUUCACUGGCGUCCGUGGCCUGCGUCAGCUUCCAGCCAGAGCCAGCAUGCAGGAAGAGUCUAAACAAAGAAGAAUGACCAUGGAUUUUUCGCAGCUGCACACAUAUACGCCGCCACAGUGUGCUCCAGAGAACACCGGCUACACCUACUCUCUCAGUUCCAGCUACUCCACAGCAGCGUUAGAGUUUGAGAAGGAGCACCAGAUUGCUCCUGUGUACGAGUCGCCCAGGAUGUCACGCCGGAGCCUGCGUCUGCAGACCACUGCCGGUCACUAUGGCAACGAGAGCCUGGCCGAUCCCUCGCAGAACCACAGCAGCAGCAGCAGCUACACCAGCACCAGGAGAGAGACACGGACACAGCGGAGCAAAAAGCAGCAGUCCAACUUACUGUCUCUAUCUCUGAGCCAAAUAGCCACCCCGAGGAAAACCCUCUCCUUCUCAGCUGCUAGCACCCCGAUCAACAACAGCGGCAGCAUUCAGGAAAGCAACACGGUGUCCGAUGCCGCCCUGCACAGCUCCAUCCAGGACCAGUCCCGAAUGAGACGACGCACCAUCACCACAACCACCACCACCACCUCCAUGUCUGUGGGUGGUCACUGGGGGAAGAGCUCCAGCACCGACCACUGCUCAUCAAGAGUAAACGGCGACACCAGCGUUUCAGAGUCGCACGCCUCGCUCGCUAAUGGCUACAUCUGCAAAGACUGCUCUUUGCACUCUCAGGAGACGGACUCGCUUAUCAAACGGUCGUCGCCGUACUCUUCAUCUCAGUCUGCAGAAGCUUCCAUUGACAGCCCUGCCUCCUCGUCUUUAACCUUCACAAGUAUAUACUCCAGAGACACGAGUCGGAGGAACAAGACAGGUGUCCUGAUGUCUGUGUCUAACACGUGUAUACGCUACAGCAAACGGGUCCUGGCCCCCAUCGUGUCCUUAGUCAGCCUGGUCUUCAACAAUGUGCUGUGGCUGGGUUCACAGGCCAGGAGCUCUCAAGGAAAAGGUGUUCUUGUUUCAUUGUCGGCCUCAAUGAGACGAGCAGCGUCCUCCGGUGUGACCCAACUGUGGCUGUUUAAGCAGAACACUCUCCACAGGAUGAUGGGCUACAGAGCUAAUGGCUAUGAAGGACAAGCUCACACAAGUUUCUGUGGAAGCAUGAAUGUCAAGGAUCUGGUGACUGAGGAUGCAUCACAUCUUAAUCUCAAUGGUUCCCUGUGUGAUGACUGUAAAGGGAAGCAGUAUUCUGAGACACACUCCAUCCUCCUCAAACAGUCCUCCAGGUCUCAACGCCUUGGGGGGGCGCUAUGGAGCGUCCUAGCUUACGCAGGUUACUGCCUGCUGCAGCCGGGAUACUGCGUGGUGAGAGCGGGCAAAGCUUUGGGUUCAGGGGUCGGGACAGUGGCUCAAAAGUCGCUCUCGCUGUUUUGGAUGCUCCUGGCAACUCCAGGUGAUGACUGUAAAGGGAAGCAGUAUUCUGAGACACACUCCAUCCUCCUCAAACAGUCCUCCAGGUCUCAACGCCUUGGGGGGGCGCUAUGGAGCAUCCUAGCUUACGCAGGUUACUGCCUGCUGCAGCCGGGAUACUGUGUGGUGAGAGCGGGCAAAGCUUUGGGUUCAGGGGUCGGGACAGUGGCUCAAAAGUCGCUCUCGCUGUUUUGGAUGCUCCUGGCAACUCCAGUGAAGACAGGCAGGGGACUCGUGUGGUUUCUUGCAACAGGAUGGUACCAGCUGGUGUCUGUCAUGUGUCUUCUCAACGUCUUCUUUCUGACACGAUGCCUUCCCAAACUUUGGAAGCUCCUGCUGUUCCUCCUACCUCUUCUGCUCCUCCUUGCUUUAUGGUGGUGGGGUCCGUCCACUUCUGCCCUACUUGCCUACCUCCCUGCUAUAAACCUCACCGAGUGGCGACGAGUGUCUCCCUUGACUCUCCUGUCUAACUUGGUGCCAGUGUCUGCUCCAGCUCCCGCCUCUGUUCCCACACCAGAGACCCCCCUGCAGCAGACCCCAGCCACCCCAGUCUCACAGGCACCACCGAUCCUUCCACCUAUGGUAGUCUCCUCUGUGGACCUGGAGCGUCUUGAGCGUGUGGAACGCCAGCUUGCUCUGCUGUGGUCGCAAAUCCAGCAGGGGGACCAGAAACAGGAAGAACGUCACGGGGACGUCCUGGGUCUCUACAGCACGCUGAGGGAGCACAUACACACUCAGACCAACAGGGAGAGCCUGGGACUGUGGGUGUCCUCCCUGCUGGAGCAGAGGCUGGGCAUCCUGCGUGGAGAGCUGGAGCAGGAGAACACACACAGGGUGCAGACUGAAGAGCAGCAGAAACAACAACAGGAGAGUCGGGCAGUGCGGCUGGCUGAUUUAGAAUUGCUGCUCAAGGCUCUGGCUGCAAGGACUGAGGAGGUGCAGCUGAAGCAGCAGCAGUUUGAGCAUGAGAGGGAGGAAAAGGAGAAAGAGGUCGUCAUUGCUGUGGCACCCACGGCACCUGUCAGCGUGGGAGUAAACCAGGAGGACCAUGAUGCUCUGCUCGCUGAGGUGCAGAGACUUGAGUUGGAGCUGAGUAAAUUAAGAGGAGACCUGCAGGGUGUUGUGGGAUGCAAGGGCAAGUGUGAGCAGCUGGACAACCUGCGGGAGACGAUCACAGCCCAGGUGUCCUCUCAGGUGCGGAAGGAGUUGCAGGUUCUGUUCUUUGGCAGUGGUGGGUCAGGAGAGGAGCAGAGGGAGGUGCCCGAGUCUCUGAUCUACUGGCUGUCCCAGCGCUACGUGAGCACGCCGGACCUGCAGGCCUCACUGGCCGCACUAGAACUGAACAUCCUGAGAAACGUGUCGCUGCAGAUGGAGCUUAGCCGAGCUCAGACCCUCGGCGAAGCAGAGUUUCAAGCCAAGACCAUCGUCAAGACAGUAACUGGGAGUGUCCAGCACACUGUCUCUGCUGAGGGACUGAAAGAAGAGCAAGUGAAUCUGAUUGUCCAGAAUGCUUUGAGGCUCUACUCCUAUGACCGAACAGGCCUGGUGGACUACGCCCUGGAGUCUGGCGGUGGCAGUAUCCUCAGUACCCGCUGCUCUGAGACUUACGAGACCAAGACGGCCCUCAUGAGUCUGUUUGGCCUGCCACUCUGGUACUUCUCCCAGUCCCCACGUGUUGUCAUCCAGCCUGAUGUGUACCCAGGUAACUGCUGGGCAUUUAAAGGCUCUCAGGGCUACCUGGUGAUCCGACUGUCCCUGAGGAUCCUGCCCUCGUCCUUCUGCCUCGAGCACAUCCCCAAGGCCUUGUCUCCAACUGGAAAUAUCACCAGCGCCCCUCGAAACUUCACUGUCUACGGUCUAGAUGAUGAGUACCAAGAUGAAGGGAAGCUGCUGGGACACUACACAUACCAGGAGGAUGGGGAGUCACUGCAAACCUUCCCUGUCAUGGAGCAGAACGACAAAGCCUUCCACAUCAUCGAGGUGCGGGUUCUGUCUAACUGGGGUCACCCGGACUACACCUGCCUGUACCGCUUCAGAGUCCACGGAGAACCUCGGCCUCAGUGAACCAACCACUGCCGUACACACUCAUCAUAUAUGACAUAUCACCCGAUCUGUACAUAGCUCUUGCCGACUUCUUAGAAAUGGAGGGGACUUGGUGGCACUUUGUGGACGUUUUUGAAUGAAAGCCAUGAAAACACAAAGGGUCGUGGGUUGAUAAAGGAAUGUGCCCGGACGGAAUCACAAACAUGUUUUUUGAUACUGAAAGAAUCACUGGUAAGUCUAUGUGUGGAUUGUUUAAUGUCGCAGAAGAGGAAUAGAAUCAUGGAAGAAGCUAAAAGUUCCAGUCCCCUUUUUGUAAAAGGCUUGUUGCACUGAAUUAGCCUGCGAGGGCGCCAAGCUCCACUGAGCAGGCAAAUCCAUCCCCCCCGCUUGGCACCUUCCACUUCUACAGGAGGGUGGAUACCUAAAAUGGGGGAGUCGACUCAUCUCCGCUGUUUCUUCACACACUGCAUCUCUGUCUGGUUUGGUUUCUGUUGUUAAUUAUCUUUAUUUAACUUUAUUGUCCUGGUAGAGACAGGAUGCACCUUUUUUUUUUUUGUGGCGCUGUCCAGGCCCUUUACUCCCUUUGUUGCUGUCAGGUCUCAGCAGUGGCUUUAACUGGACGGCCUGCUGGACUGCACCACACUCACUGCGGGUUUAUACUGGACAAGCUAGGUUCACAACAUUCAAGUUUGGCAUCACACAUCCACAUAGCCACAAGUAAGAUUUCCUCUUCCUUGAACUGAACAUGCUGCCUAUGGAAAAGCUCUGAAUGUUGUCUCAAGUGGAGGCUUGAUGCAAGUCGUCCUUUAACUAAACAGAAACACUAUAUUUUACCUCUGACCUGCGCUCUGUGUUGGGAUUAUUAAAGAGGCUCUACACUACGUACAUUUGUCAGAAAACAUGUAUUGUGAUGGAUGGACUGCAGGAUUGAUGCUAGCAUGCGACUCUCAGAACGAUACUGUUAAACUUUUACAUGCAUCUUGGAUUUACAUUAUAGAGUGUGUCCUCUCCCAAAGUUUGAGUCUUGUGCCUGUACCUUAGAUUACAGAUCAAUGAUGAAACCUAAAUAAUGUAACUUCUCCUGUUUGACAAGUGUGAUUUAUCUUUUCCCGUUUCUAUCCCGAGGAGACUCUGUCCCUCGAGCUCAGUUCUAAACGUCCUCCUCACACGGGCUCCCUCUAUUCUGAAACCCUGAAGGAAUGUAAUCUGUAUAUUUUGCUGUUGAUAGUUGGUCCUUUUUAAAUCAGCUUUUAUCAGUGUUGCUUUAUAAGAAAUCAUCCUGUCAUUAUCAUUAUUGUAUUACUAUGAUUUCUACUGUUACUCCUUGUGUUGUUUUGCUUUUUUUGGGGGGGGGGGGGGGGGGGGGGAAUAGUGUCAGAGAAUGCACUGCAAUAACCUGUUAGAGAAAUGUUUGGCAGAGGUCUUCACGAUUUGUUUUUCUUUUUUCAAAUGUGGGUUUGUGUAGUCACCACUUUUGGUCGCAAAUAUGGGGAAGUCUAAAAUCUUUUGUAUAAAAAUGUUUUCUUCACAAUUUUAUUUAUUAACAAGUCAAUUAGUUCCUGCAAUAUAUGAUUUACCGCAAUGUAUAUUUUGUGCUAAGCUAUUCAGUGCAUUUUUUAACCAUCAUGGGACUUUAUUUUCUUUCUUUUUUUUUUAAAGAUAAAUGGCUAUUUUUGUUCAGUCAUGAAAUGACUUAACUGCUUUGGAAUAUAUUCCAAUAAAGACUUUAAUUUUGAAAAAA